GCACAAGAAACAGGUGACUUGCGGAGCAGGGGCCCCAGAUCGCUCAGGAGAAUGUCGGAUAAUGAGGAAGAAUGGACCAUGGUCCGCCGGCGUCAUGGGACACGGAGCAAUAACACAGUGAAGCAGCUCAAGAAGCUCGCAAUCCCGGUGGUGCCGCAGCCCUUUGACGUGCUGGCCGAGCCCGAAGAGCGGCCUGCUGCUGGAGAUGGCGCGGGCAAGAAGAAGAAAAAGAAGAAGAAGGGCAAGACCGCGGCCGAGGAGGACGACGACGAGGAUGAGGACGAGGACGCCGGCGCCCCCGCCGCCCAGGCUGGUGCCGGCGCCAAGGCGUCCGCUGCUGGUGCUUCCGGCAAGGCGAGCGCCGCCAAGGGCGGUGCGGCCGGCGGCGGCGGCAGCGCUGUUGUGCAGCAGUCGCUGUUCGCGUGGCUAUAUGCGCAGCUGGUGGCGGUGCUGGUGAUGCUGGGCCUAAUGAAGGCGGCGGGCGGCAAGCGCAAGAAGAAGAACAAGGCCGCUGCCGCCGCCGCCGCCGCACCUGCGCCCGCACCCGCGGCCGCGGCCGCGGCCGCGCCGAAGCCGGUGGCUGACGUCAAGCCAGCUGCGCCGGCGCCGGCGACGCCUGCCGGCAAGUCUGCUUCCGCCGCUGCCGCUGCUGCUGCUGCUGCCUCCACGGCUGCCAAGAAGGCGGAUCCCGCGCCCGCAGCGACGCCCGCAGCCAAGAAGGCGGCUGAUGCGGCGGCAGCGGCGGCGGCAGCCAAACCGGCCGCAACACCGGAGCCGUCUAAGCCGGCCGCUAAGGCCGUUGCCGCUGCGGCGGCAACGCCCUUGCCCGGGGCCGGUAAGGGGGAGGCCGCACCGGCCGCGGCGGCGCCCGCGACGCCGCCGCCAGCUCCUAAGCCGGAGCCGCCGCCGACCCCAGCCGGUCCGCCGCCGCCGGUGGUCAAGUGCGACAAGGACUGGGCUCACGGUAAGUUCGUGAUGCAGUCGCUGCCGGCCGCGCACGCCGACGUGGUGGCGGCGGUGGCGGUGGCGGGUGACGUGGCGGUGUCGGCCGGGUACGACGGAGCCGUCAAGCUGUGGAGCUGGCCGCUGCCGGGCAGCGCGGGCGGCGGCGUGGUGCCGCGGCUGCGGCUGCUGCGGCACCUUGUGGGCCACAGCGGCCGAGUGGAGGCGCUGGCGGCGGCGCCGGCGGGCGGCGGCGGCGGCGGUGUGGGCGGCGGCAUGAGGCUGCUGGCGUCCAGCGGCCGGGACUCCACACUCAAGCUCUGGGACCUGGGCUCGGCGGCCGACUGCGCCGACGCGCGCGAGCUGGGCUCCACCUACGUGUACGAGAGCGUGAGGAGCCUGGCGGCGGACUGGGCGGGGGCCGAGGGCGGCGCGGCGGGCCGCAUGCUGCUGGGAUCCAGGUCGGGCAGUGUGAUGCUGUACCAAAUCAACGCCGGCGCCACCGCCGGCCGCAAGGUGGCCAGCCUGCGCGGACACGGCGACGAGGUCACGGCCGUGCAGUUCCGCGGCGCGCACGGGGUGGUGAGCGGCGCGCGCGACGGCUGCGUGCGGCUGUGGGAUCUGCGGCAGGCGGGCAGCGGCAGCGGCAAGGAGCAGGUGGCGGUACUGGGCGGCCUGUGCGGCCGCGUGUGCUCGCUGGCGGCUCUGGGCGAACACCACCUGGCGGCGGGCGACUGCUCCUCCACCGUCAAGCUGUGGGACCUGCGCAAGCUGCCGCCCGCCGGCGCCCGCGGCCAGCCGCCCCCCGCCCCCGCCCGCGUGCCCAACGCGCCCGGCUUCGCGGGCGACUCCUGCCCCACCGCGGGGCUGUGGUGGGGCGGGCGCAGCGGCGUGCUGCUCAGCAGCUGCAUCGCCUGGUGGACCGACAACCGGGAGGCUCUGGAGGAGGCGCCGCCCAGCGCCAAGCUGCCCAUGGCGUGCCUGAACGUGUCAGCCGCCGGCGCCCUCUCCCCCGCCCCCGCCGGCUCCUCCCCCGACGACCUGGUAUCGCAGUACAAAUACACGCUGCGUCUGGGGCCCGGCAUCGCUACGUGCAUGGCCGGAUCUGAGGAUGAGUCGGCGGUGCUGGUGGGCGGCGCGACUGGGGCGCUAUGGGCGCUGCGGUUGGUGCGCGGCAGCGCGGCGGCGGUGGAGGCGGCGGAGCGCGUGGCGGCGGCGGCGGCGGACGAGGGCUGCUCGGCGGUGGGAGACCUGGUGGUGGGCGUGGAGGAGUUCUCGGAUGACGACUAUGAGGAGGACGAGGACGACGAGGAUGAGGACGAUUGAGGAGUGACGAGUCACGGACAGGACCUGUGCCGCAGGGUUGUGGACAUGGACAGGUGUGGUUGGUUUGGGCUGGCUUGGUGAGGUAUGGAAGCACAAUAGAAGCCUGAGUGCAAGUCAAUAUGUGUGGAUUCAGGCAUGGAAUGGUCAGCUGCAUGUAACAGAAAAUUCGU